AUGAGCGCCAUUUUUGGGACCCAAGCCCGCGACGAAGCAAAACAGCUUAUAGAGAAGAUCGCUGUCGGUCAUGGCUACAUCGAGGCAGCAAAGCUGGAUGCCAUGCCACCCGAUAUACGACGAGUGGUGGAGGAAGCUCUGAAGAGCAAUUCCAAGUCUCAUGCCGCCGCUACAGAUCUUGUACAGAAGUUAGCUGCGGGGAACAUCAAUGUUGCGUUCGAGCUGCUCCAGAAUGCGGACGACAAUCAAUACACCCGCGCAAAGGCCGCAUGCGCGAGUCCAGGCGUUCAGUUCAUCGUGACUCCAGAUAUGGUCAUUAUUGGUAGUAAUGAAGACGGCUUCACGGAGAGCAACGUCAAAGCUCUUUGCGAUUUCGGAAAGUCUACCAAGGAUGGCAAGGCAGGCUACAUCGGACAGCCAGAUGUAGGUUUCAAGUCGGUAUUCACUAUCGCUUCCAAGGUUCAAGUAGAAUCUGGGCCUUUCUCAUUCUACCUUCAGCACGACGACGGAGAUUCUGGUAUUGGAAUGGUGAGACCCCACUGGACCGAACCGCCUGCUCUUCCCGGCCAUGUGAAGGAUCAUGAAGCAUAUGGCGGUCUCUUCGGAAACCGGACGAGGAUCAUCUUGUUUCUUAAGGAGCAGAACAGAGAAAAUCUCCGGAGUAGCUUCAUUAGUCAGAUCUGGGAUACACCGGAUAGUGUGCUACUCUUCAUGAAGAAUCUGCGGUCACUGAAGAUUACGGUACUAGGUGACGACAACAAAGUUCAGCGAUCGAAGGACGUGCUUCUCGAUAGAGACUUAUUCGGUUCUGGGACUCGAAUUGCAGCGACGAAGAAACUCGGUCCAACUAAAUUCAAGACAUGGAACCGCUAUCUCGUCUACAAGUCAACGACAACAGGUUUACCUGCCAACCCUAACCGAAGAUCAGCUCCAGAUUCCCCAGCAAAUACUUCCAAUGCAGAAGUUAUACUAGCGUUUCCUGUUGAUGAGAAAGGCGAGCCAAUUGUCGAAAUUCAAAAAGCAUUUGCCUUUAUGCCACUCUCCGAGACUGGGUUGAGCUUUCUUAUUCACUCCGACUUCGUUACUGAUGUUGCAAGACAAAAGCUUGUUACUUUCUCAGACAGAAACCUCCAAAUUAAGACGGCAGUUGGGAAAGCAGUCGUAACGUCAGCCCAAGACAUCUGUAAGAAGCCUGGCACAGAACACAAAUGGAUGCGUUUCCUUCCCCAGUUGAAUCGAAACGGCAUCGAUCCAUUCUGGCUCGGAUUCGGUAAUGACUUACGAUCGAAAAUCUCCGACAUACCACUUUUGCGUUCAAACCAGUUAUUUGGCGGUUUCUCAAAGAUAGCCGAUCUCAAGCGUCUUUCUGCGGAUCAAUUGGACCAACAUGGCGCGCCGCUUUUGCCUGAUCUACAACAAGAGUUGUACUUGUCUUCGCGUUACGAGCCCCAGGACCUCGAUAUUCUCAGUCAAUAUGGACUAACGUACAUGUCGAACUCGGAAGUCAUAUUAAGGUUGCAAGCUUUCACCGGGCGUGCUGAGUGGAAAGUGAGAGCCUUUGAGGAGCGAGACGAAGAUUGGCAUGCUAGACUAGCGCGUCUCAUCCUGAAGCUCUGGAACGACACACAAUCCAAUUGGAAGAAUGCCAUUCGCGGCUUGAAACUCAUUCCACUUGCUUCAGGAGACUUGAAGAGUGUCACCAAGGAAGGAAAGAGCGAAGAAUUCUAUGACAACAUGAUCGAGGGCAUCCUUAUCCCUGAAGAUCUGGGUUUCCCAAUACUGCUACCAGCAGCCGCAGCGAAUCCGGACUGUCGGAAGCUUUAUGAGCUCUUUGGACCAAAGACUCUUACUGCUCAACAAGUCCGUGAGAAGAUAAUUAACAUGUAUAGAGAUCCCGCUCAAGUGGCUAAGCUUGACGUGGCUAAGUCCAGAAACCAUCUUGUCUUUCUCUACCGAAUGGAGCCGAAGGACUUCAUCAAUAAGGAGGAGCAAGAAAUCAUGGUUGUCUUUGAUCAAAAGCUACGCAUCAAGCGCCCAAAGAAGGAAUAUGUCUAUCUCCCCGGCGAAGGGCCAGUGGCCCCAUGGAAAAUUCUCAAUCCCCCAUUCCCAGAUGGGCUUGAGCCACCAGAUGUAUCCCUCCUGCACCCGGCCUAUCUUGAAGAUCCACCGACCCCAUCGGAUGGCAAUGAGAAACCAUGGAUCCAAUGGCUCUAUCAUAUUAUCUACUGCGAAGAAAAGAUCCAACUAUUCUCCAUACGAGAUCCGCCUGCAGAAGCCGACAAGACUUACUCACCAGAGUAUAAAUUCCUCGUCAAAGCCUACCCAGGACUUACGCUUCAUAGACUCAUGUUGAACUUUCAGAAGCCUGAGGUCAAAAAGCAGUGGGUUGAUGAUAAGAAGGGAACCGCUCUUAUGCGAAGAAUGGAGUUUCUCUGCACCGAUGGUGUGCGACAUCCUUUGGAGGAGACUCUGCUUCCGCUACCAAAACUGCUAGAGAGCUGCAAGAAAAGCUUUGCAUCAGUGGAUAGCAUGCCGUUUCUUAAACUUGACGAGCCUGUGAAAGAAGAUGAUGUUCCUGCAUGGCUCGACUUAGCAAAGCAUUGUGGUAUUGGGACUGAGGACGACACCAAGUUCACUCUGGCGAUCCUGGGCUCCAUUUCUAAAGCUACUACAGAAGUAACAAGUGAGGUUUCACAAGCCGUUACUGACUUGUAUCUCAAACUUCAUUCCCAGGUUCCAGAUGGCUCUUUGAGUGCUACCUUCGCGGUUCAAACACAGAUUAGAAACUUUUUCAGCACCAACAAGUGUAUUCUCUGUUCACCACUCAGCCAAGCAGAUGAGAAGGGAUCUACUCGCGGGCAACACUGGGUGAACAAGUCCGCAUGCCUGUGGUCUGCGCCUGAGGGCAUUAAUGUCUACAAUCCUCUGCGAUCUCUGUGGUCCCCAGUGAUGGCCACGAUGGAGCCUACAGAUCGCAAAAACCUGGAAGAUUUCUUUAGCCAGACUCUUUCCAUUCGCGACAUAACCGAGCAUGACGCACUCAGUGAGCUGCGUCAUUUAUGUCGUUCACCGGACCAGACGAAAGACUACUCAGUGGUAACCAAGGAACUUUACAAGAUCAUUCAGGCACAGACGGAGAACCUCAACGAGAUCAACACGCUUAUCAUCAAACAAGCAUUUCGAGAUUCUCCCCUCAUUUAUCUACCUGGCCAAGAGACCAAGAAGUGGUAUAAAGUCCCAGAAUGUGUCUUUUAUAGUGAAUGCCCGAGCGGAGACGAGAUCAGUCUGGAGUAUGUCUAUCCAGAUAUGUCAUCCCUUUUCGUAUCAUUCCUCGAGGUUCCCAAGUUGAGUGCUUCCCUCGUGUAUCAGAACCUUCUGGAUGUCGGAAACACCGUCCAGCCUAUUCCAGACCUCAAGAAGCUUCUUUGGUCUCUCCUUGAUACCCUGGCUGCAGACAAAGGAUCAUCGAGUGUCUAUGCAGAUAAGAUACGAGAUUGCCGCGUCUUUCCGGUCAAGCUGCCGUCAGGAGAAGUUCAGCCUAUGAAUGUACUGGGAGACUUCUGUAUAAAUGACAGACCUAUGUACGCAGCCGCCCUGAAGGAACAUACCAACCUUCUCGACUUUUCUGUUGAGGAGGUCUAUCGUCUCAGGCCAGUCAUUGAGUGGUUGCGCUUAACUGAAAGAUACCUCUCAAAGGUCGUAACAGAAAAGACGUCGGUUGAUGAAUCUCAAGGCACUGAGGAUAAGGUUCUGGCCCAUGAUAUCGCCAGCAAAGCUGCCGCACUUGCCAUGAUCUCUUCACACUUCGGCGAUGGCAAGCCCACCGUAAGAAACUACAACCUUCAAGAUACGAUACGUAAGGUAGAGGUCUUUCGACACCCGGACAUAAAGACCAGCAUUACUUUGUAUCAUGGCUUCAAGACGAUCAAAGUACCGCUUGCGAAAAGUGGAAUGCACUUUAAAUCGGCCCUAUUCGCCAAAUGGCGGUUUUACAUUCCACAAGAUGACGACGAUCGGAAUUUCUGCAUGGCAACUGAAUUUCCGCGGAUGUUAGCUGCUCAACUUUUAGAUUGUCCUUUACAUGCUGUUAAUCCUCAAGCGGUGAUAAUCACUGCUAGUGUCCUUCGAGCUAAGACUUCUAAUGCUAGACGUGUCCUUCAACAUUAUGGGAUAUCUGAGGCAGGUGUGUUGCAAGACGAUAUACCGGAACCACCACGGACACCAGAGAGGCGAAGAGACAAUGGUGCCCCCUCUCCUUCUCCAUCACCGCAUUCAGUUAUCAGAUCUCCUGUCCCUGCUGUAAGCGCUGAUCAGGUGAUCCGUGACGCCGCUACUCCAUACCAGGCCUUGCUCAUUCAAGCUGUCAAUGUCGCACGCAUUUCGACCUUUCCGCACAAGAACUCUGUCUUUGAUAUGACUGCAAUAUCACAAAGCCUUGCAGAGAGUACAGCUCGUUCUGGACUAUUCAGAUUCUAUGUCGGAGACCAGACAGAGUGGCAGCGAAUGGUUGGUGCCGCUGGCGAGUUAUAUGUCUUUGAGCUGCUUUCAACGAUUCCCCAUGCUCUUCCGAGAUGGUCUCGAGAUAAUUGGCAAAGUACUGUCAGACACCAUGCCAGUAUACACCCUGACUAUAACUCCCUUGGUAGUUGGUACGGGACAGAGCAAGGGGACCUGUUCUUUUAUGACGUGGCAGGAACAUUUACCAGCUAUUUGAUCGAAAAAGGUUACCUCGACGAGAGUUGGACAAAAGAGCGACCAGAGUACUACAUCGAAGUCAAGACUACAACAUCGGCACGUCUCGACACGCCAUUCUACAUGAGUAAACAUCAAUAUGCACGGAUGCAGUCGUUUGGUAAAAGCGUCAAUACUGACACGCAAAGGCGGAAGGUCUACAUACUGUUUCGGGUACACGGCUUAGAAUCAGGCCAAGUUGGGUUGAGGAUAUUCCUCGAUCUGGAGGCUUUACGCAAAAGUGGAGAUCUAGUAUUUGAGGCUCAGAGUUGGACGGUUACACCAAGAGCAGGAUAG